UUGGAGGGGCUGCCAGGCCGUCCCGCGGCCCCGGCGGCGGCGCCAGCGCCAGGCGCUGCCUGCGCCUCGCCCUGACCGCCGCGCCUCCUCCUCCUUCCCUCCCUCCCUCCUUCCCUUCCCGCCGCCACCGGCACCGCCAUCGCCACCGGGGUGGGGCCCGCGCCCGCCUCUCCCCCCUCCGCGCCGCCCGGCCCCCGCCGCCGGCCGCGGGCUGAGCGCGUCGUCCCAGGGGCGAGGCCCCGGUCCCUCCGCGGCGGCGGCUCCAUGGUGCCCGCCGCCCCCCCCCGCCCCGCAGCAACAGGCAGGACGAGGAGGAAGCGGCCCCCGGGGGUCCCCACCGCCCCGCCGCCGGCCUGAGCAGCGCCAGCGCCGCCGCCGCCGCAGCGGGAGCCACCGAGCGGGCGGGGGGCGCCCGCGGGCCGCCGGCGAUGGCGAACCAGCUGGUGAUCCUCAACGUCUACGACAUGUAUUGGAUGAAUGAAUAUACUUCUUCCCUUGGAAUUGGAGUGUUCCAUUCAGGUAUAGAGGUGUAUGGCCGAGAAUUUGCCUAUGGUGGUCAUCCGUACCCUUUUUCUGGAAUAUUUGAAAUUUCACCAGGAAAUGCUUCCGAGUUGGGCGAAACAUUUAAAUUUAAAGAGGCUGUGGUUCUAGGCAGUACUGACUUUAUGGAAGAUGACAUAGAAAAAAUAGUGGAAGAGCUUGGAAAAGAAUUCAAAGGAAAUGCUUAUCACCUAAUGCACAAAAACUGCAAUCACUUUUCUUCAGCUUUAUCUGAGAUUCUGUGUGGAAAAGAGAUUCCACGAUGGGUGAAUCGCCUUGCCUACUUCAGCUCUUGCAUACCGUUCCUGCAGAGCUGUCUGCCGAAGGAGUGGCUCACUCCUGCAGCCCUCCAGUCUAGCGUUAGCCAGGAGCUACACGAUGAGCUGGAGGAAGCUGAGGAUGCAGCAGCAUCGGCUUCCUUGGCCAGCUCAGCAUCUGGGUCUAGAACUGGUCGCCACACCAAAUUAUAAGUCCUCCUCCAAAGUAACGAAUGGUUUGAAAUACUUCGGUUUCAUCUCUCCAGCAAUCGACUUCCUGACAGAACAUGAGAGCUGACUCUAGAACAUUGUUUUUAUAUGCAAAAAAGGCUCUCGCCAACCCCUGUUUCAGCUCAGGAUUAUUUAUGUAGUGAAAAGAAUUGCUGGGAGAAAAGGGAAGGAUUUUGUUUGAAGCCACCCUUUUCAUUUUCACCUGUUUGGUAGACCUGGGUUAACUUAACAUCUUGUAUAAAGCAGAACUUAAAUUAUUUGUUUACAGUAUUGUGUACUGCUGUUUACAAGUCCUGUAAGGACUCCUGCCACCAUGGAAGAAGAGAGAAUUUGAGUUUGAUUUAACUGUUGCUAUAACUCAAAAGCAGUGGUAUGAUGCCCUGGAUGAACUCUCCCCCUUGUUUUCAAGAUUUAAGGCAGGUGAACGUUAAAUUUCUGAGAAACGCCAGAAACUGCUGAAUACUAUAUGUGUGAACAGGGUACUGUGCACUUAAAGUGGCUGAUGUAAACAGGUAGAUUCCAGGAUGUAGGGAGACUGGUUUUGUCUAAGAUCUGUUACUAGAAUUAUGACCUCUACAUUAAUGAAACUGUGGAUUUUUGCACAUAUGAAGGGAAAUUUCUAUCUCAUUACAAUGCACAUUGGUCCCUUUUUUUUUUUUUUUUAACUCAGCCAUGUAGUUUGCAUCCUACCUUCUGUCUGUAUUUACAGUCUACUUCAACCAGGAUUUAGACAGCGAGAAUGUCAUCUGUUAGAAGCAUCAACAAUUUUUUUCACUGUUUGCUUUACUUGAUUUUAAACUUGUGUAUAAAGUUAGUAUUUGUAUUCUUUUGUUUGUUUGUUUCACAUAGUUUAGUGAAUAGUGUACUACAAGCCAUUUAUGGUUGGGGAAUGGCCUUGCUUUCUGCUGCUGAUUUUGCUUCAUUUGAGUUUGUAAACAUUCGUGUCCUUUUUUGAGCUAUAAAUUACUGCCCAGUUGUGCAUAUCCGCACAAAUUAUAGAGAAAUCCUAAUUUAUUUUCCCACAGUCUCUAUCUGUGGCAUUAACUUUCUUGUCAGAUGUAAUGAAGAAAAACCUGAAAAUUGCUUAUGCACCUGCGUGUUUACACAGCAGAACCCACUAAUCUGCACACAUAAUUAUAUCUGAAGGUAAGAGAUAUUAUUUUCUAAAACACAGAAGUAUGUUUGCUGGUAGAUUAUAAUUAGAGCUAAAUUAUAAUUAGUGAUCAGAAUAUAUAAUGGAAUGCCUUAUUCUUGUUCACUUACCAAGAGAAUUAAUGGUUCUUCCAGUCAUUAGUGUAAAUUAGUGAGGUUCUAUUGUGCACAUAAGGAUACAGUAGCACAAACAUGAGGGAGGUGAGCUUGUGUAUUUUGUAAGACUUGCUGCCUUAAACUAACAAAAAACAUACCAUCCGUAAACUGAUCAGGUCACAAAGAAGUGUGCGUUACGAGAAGUAUAAAUGAUUCUUACAAGCUUUAUUUUCAGUCUGUUGCUGCGUUUAGUUUUUCCAUUAAGUGAAAUACUGACUCUACAGUUUCUCCUGUUUAAAAGGAAAAAAAAAAAACCAAACAAAAAAACACAAAAAAAACCACAAAAGCCCUCUUAGGAGGCAAGAAUGCUUCAUGUUAUGGAUGCUCCUAGCCACGGGCAGUCAGUGCCAUUGAACCCCACAGGAAGGUGCAGUAGGCUGUAUCGUAGUAAGAAUUCUUGUGAUCGCCAGCUCCGACUCGCGCUGGAAAUGGGCGGAAGUUUUUCUGCUAGGAGUUGGGUUGAAUCCUUUUGUCAGCCGGUCUUUGAAGUUUUCACUCAUCUUCUGUGACGCAGUGUAGGUACAGAGAGAGAGGGACGCUCAGUUGCGGGGGAAAAAUCAAGUGAGACUCUUUCUGGAAAAAGUGGGAUAAUAGUAGAAGUCUCUUUAACUGUAGUUUGGUACGAGUUUUAAUUAUCUCUUCUACCAAGUGGGAAGCGCUUAAGACUGACAAAUCUGACACUAAUUACGUUCUCUGUUUGGCCUCCAGAAGCUGGACAUACUGACUCUCCCUGUUGAGUGCUUUUUUCACUUAAAUCUCUGAAUUUGAGUUCUCCUUUCCUUUUUUUCCUGUAGUGAAAAUGAACACGGUGGUCUCCAGUCAGCUCUCAAGCAUUACAGAACUGAAUCUCACACUACUUACAGCUAAGACAACAGGCCGCAGACAGGUUAUUCUGUCUCUGCUGUGCAGCUGUGGUAGUAACGUGACUAAGUCUCUCGGCCAAGGCAGGUCCUUUAUUUCAGCUCAGGGUUGAGGCCACUGAUCUAGCAAUGUACUGUAGCUUUUCCUAGGUUUUAGGAAAAAUAAAUAGAAUGAAUUUUCAUUGCUACCUAACUUUUAUGUACCAAAAUCAGCUUUUUAGGCUUCUGAUAUAUCCAGAGCGCUAGGUCACAAAUCUCUACACCUUCAUUAACACACACACACCUACAGCAUGUACAAUGCAAGAACGUGACAGAUCACAGCACAGUUUUUAUUUAGAAGUAAAACUAAGACUAUUUUUUAUAAAGCAGACUGGAAAGUUUGUAACAAAAACAUUCAUUUUAUUGGUAGCUGUACAGGUGAAAAUACUGUCUUAUGCUCCUUUUUUUUUUGUGUGGGUUCUUUUUGUUGUUGUUGUUGUUGUUUCCAAACCAUCCAUUUGUAAAUCCUGUGAGGAAACUGACACCCGAACCCUGAAGGCUCUUGGGUUUGUAUCAAAGCGAGCGGUACUGUAACUUCAAUCGCCUGCUGUCAACUCAGCCUCCACUGGAUGCCUCCAAGAAGUCACCCUGCCAGUGGUUACUCCAGUCUGUUAGCAAUAGAGCAAGUUACCUUUCACCAGCAUUACUGCCAAGCAGGGAUUACUUUAGUCUACUAAUGACCACACUGUGCUAGGACUAGAACACUCCAAAAUGCUGUGAGAAAGCUGGACACCUGUGGAGUCUUUUCCAUCAAAACGGGUAGAAAAAUAUCACUACUUCAGGGUUCUGCUCUGUUUACUUUCUCAUUCUCGUUUAAGUUUCUGUAAGAUAGUACUUUUGAUACGUAUUGUAUUCUUUAACUCAAGGUCGUUUUAUUUAAAUGCCAUUUUCUGUUCAGCAAGCCAAAAAAAAUCCAAUGUACUGUCAGUGUGCACCAGUAACUUCAGAGUGGCUUGGUAAAAACAUAGUUGCAUUACUUCUAAAAUUUGCAAUGCAAUUCUGAUCACUAUUGAUACAUGAUAAUUUUCACUGUUGGAAGUUGGUUACAAGCUGAAUAUUCACUGAUGCAUUUUUUGUAAACUUGUAUUCAAGUUUACUGUACUACAUAGUAUUUGUAUAAAAUUCAGAGAAUUUUGACUUUUGUUACCUGUACAUGGCAACAAGUUGUCUAGCAUCUGAAACUUAAAUCCAUCAGUUUAUUAAAAAUACUU